AUGUUCAAAAAUAACGAUUAUACUGCGAAUGCUGGUGUUGGAAAUGGUUUUCCGCCAGCUUAUUCACGUCAUCAACAUGCAUGUCUGACACUAAAUAUGACGGAUCGUCUAAGAUUAAUUCAAUUUCCAACACCAAUUAUUGAUAUUAUUCGUCAAACAAUUCUCACUAGUUGGCGUCAAGGUAUACAAAAAGAAAAAAACUAUGCUGGUGCAUAUGAAUUCAAAUUCAAAGGUAUGCCUUGGUAUGGACAAGGAGCAGAAGCAGUAGAAUCUCGAUUUAUGAUGAUGUCAGUUCUUUCAACUUUGCAUCAUCAAGGAUGGUAUUUAUUGAUGUCAACUGAUAUUUCAAAAAAACAAGCAGAUAAAGAUUCAUUAAUUUUUCAACUCGGUACUCCUCCACCACCAACAUCAUUUUUUUCCGUGUCAUUUAAUGAAUUAGAUAAAUUACGAUUAAUUGGUGCUCCACCUGAGCUCAUACCAGCAGUUCAACAAAUUAUUGGUACAAGUGAAAUUCAACGGGAAGAAUGGGUUUAUUCUCAAGCAGCUUAUCAAUUUAAAUUACGUGGUCAUCCAUGGCUAGGUAGUGGUGAAGAAGCUGUUACUAGUCGAAUAAAACUGCUUAAUUUACUCGAUUGUUUUGCAUCUUAUGGUUGGCAAUUACAUGCAACUGUUGAUAUGAGUCUAGGUCAUGAUGGUAGUGAGACCGAUACUUGGUUUUUUCGCAGAAUCCAGCAAUAA